AUGUCAAACCCCCUCUGCUUGGCCCGCCGGCGAUGGAAAGAAACUUGCUUUCGCCACAGCGCCAAGUGUUCGCCUUGCUUUUUUCGUACCUUGCCAAUUAGGCUGCAUAAUCCCUAUUACUCGAGUACUGUACAAGUGCACCGCAUCCCAAGUAGACUUCUGUCUUCUCUAACAAGGCCACAGUCGACCGGCAGAAGCACACAGACCCGAACUGUUGUAACAACGCCUGCGCAGCUUUCCAAACGGAUCCAAGACCAGCAAUCAACGGCGGUGCUAAAACAAUCACUUAAGUACCCCAUCCAAAGCUACAUCUGCUGGUGCCUAGUAGCCCACACCACAACCACCCUCUACAGUACAAGUACUGUACAGCGGUGGACACAAAAGUGCAAACAUGUCGUAAUUCUCGACAACACCGAAGGCUCACGGGCGAUAACCUUGCCGUGCGCCAGGCAGGUUGGCAGGCGAGAGAAGGAAAAAUGAAAAAGCAACUAUCGACAUCUCACAUAUCCUUCCUCCUGCGCUAGACUUAAUCAAGGGGAAGAAAAGACGCAAGCAAGGCGGACCGGAGCUCUGGUGCAGGCUGCAGUAAGGGAAUCAAGCAGGCGAGCAUAUAUGACAUUCCAGCGACUUCAAGAUCUACUAACCAACCAGAAUGCGAAGAAAAUUCAAAGAUUUAGGAAUCUAUCUAUCUGAUGCGAUCACCGAUUAUUUUGCGUUCCUAGAAUCUGAAGCAAACUGGGCUGCGCGUGCGAUGGGGAUCGAGUAUGAAUAGAGCACUCAUUGGUCUGAAGGAGUGUGAUGGAGGGAAGGAAAAGGCAAUAAAAUUUAGAUACCGAACCCUCCAACACCACCCGCUCUCAGAGAGAGAAAAAUGAACAGGAGAAAAACAACAAGCCACCGGGCAUCAGUCUGUGGCCCGGGAGCGAAACCCCCCCGCCCUGCCGGCAGACCGGGGAGAGAUAAAAUAUCCAUGAGAAAGAAUGACACCCAACUCCAAACCGAGUCUCCACCAGGGAAUCUUCAGUGGCCUUGUCGUGACGAUUUACGAGCAGCGCGUUCCUGACGCUUCCGGCUCCCGUUUUUAUUCGUCUUCUCCCCUGUUGGAUAGUGGCCCUGACCUUGCCGCGGAUGCUCUUGCGUGUUUAAACGACCCGUCCAAGCAGCCAAAUCGGUGCGACCCGGAUCGGAUGAUCGACCAAUCGUAUAGGUUUGCCGAUGAAUGAAGUUUUGAACAGGAGAAUUUUCAUUUCCGCCAUCUGCCCGGGUCUGACCAGGAUCCUGGUUGGGUCGGGAUU